AUGCUGCAACCAGCCGCCGCUUUCACCAUUUACAUCGACGACCUCGUCAACCGGAUCAGUGGACAAGUGAUGGCCGAACCUAACAUUCCCCGACCCGGCUCUGCCGCAGCCGCUGGAGGAUAUCGCACCUCUCCCGUUCCGUCCAGCCCCCGCCCUUCUGUGGCGAGCCGAGCGAGUCGAUCAAGUUUGCGAAAGGAGCAAGAACGUCAGGAAACACUGGUGCAACAUUCGCGGCCGACAUCUAUGGGGAAAUACUCCCAUUCCGGAUCGCCGCAGCUAGGAGUUCCGUCUGUCGAGGGCGGGGCUCCUAUGUCGCCGACACCGCAGCCAAUACAAGCAGCUCCCCCAUUCUCGCCGUUUUUUACUCUGCUUACAUCUACAUCUCCCUCCACCAACCGACAAACCCUCCAUCACCCAACAGUGCAUUACAUUUUCGCAGAUGACGACCCUGAAAUCCUGACCGCCGCUCUAGCACAACAUCACCGAAGCUCUGAAGUGGAAGGGGGCAACGGAGAAGCCGGAGACGAUGACUCAAACGAUGAUAGCGGUCCUAAAGACCGCGCAAUCAUCGUCGAUGUGGAAGCCAGCCCUGACGGCACUGGGUUCGAAGUUGCAUGGGCCAGCAGUUUGUCCCCAGACUGGGCAGUCACGAUGGCGCGCGUAGAUCGGAUGGGAAGUUAUGGCGAUGGCGGGGCUGCCCUAGGUCCUGGAGGUAAUUUAGUACUCAAGAUCGAAGGUGUCAGCAUCGAGCCGUCUGCUGGUCCGAUGCUGGGCGCAGAAAAGAUGUCAACCAAUGCUGAAAGCGACAUGUUGCUAUUAUCGUCAAGUGGGAGUACACCUUCUGGAGGACGGCAGGAGCGAGCUCCGUUGACGCUGGGACAGCAAGACAACGAGUCCUUGAAAAUCGGGGAGAUGUACUUCAUGAGGGACCAGGAUUAG